UCCGACUAUUUAAUCCCACCCUCCUGCCACCCUCCUAGCCCGCUUCUUGUACGGCCAAGGACUCUAUCUUGGAAGCUCGACAACUCACAGCAACCACGCCACCGACUGCUCAACCUCGCACUCAUACCAUGGAUCUUGCGGCACGGGGAGCAGCUGCAUUGCAAGCCAGCAACUUCGAGGAAGCAAUCAAGCUCUACACGUCCGCACUUGCCGUCAAUCCAAAUGCCGUCGAUUACUACAUCAAGCGAUCGACUGCCUAUCAGCGAGCCAAACCGCCAAACUACGAAGCUGCACUCGCCGACGCCGAAGUGGCCGUGGUGCUCGCCCACAAGCGCGCCAAACGCGAGCUCAUAAAGGACUCCCAACUACGACGAGCCAUAGCUCUGUUCUUCCUCGAGAGGUACGCCGAUGCAGAGUACGUCUUCGCUCUUGUGAAGAAGCUCGACGAGAAGGAGAAGACGCUGGCGGUUUGGGAAUCCAAGGUUAAGACGAAGAUGGCAACGCUUCCCGAGGGCGACGAGCGUCGAACGGCUACCGUGAAGGACAUCCCUUCUGCAGAGGUCCCGAGCCCGGCCGCCCAAAGCUCUGCAACCAACAAAGCUACAGCAGCUCCCGCAGCUUCCCCGAAGCCUAUCCAGCCAACGCCUGCAGACAAGAUCAAGCAUGACUGGUACCAGAACGCGGAAAAUGUCUACUUCACAUUGCUGGCCAAGGGCGUGCCCAAGGACAAAGCCAACAUCGAGAUUGAGAAAGACUCACUAUCUAUCUCGUUCCCUAUCCAAGACUCGUCCUCCUUCGACUACACCCUUGACCCCUUUUUCGGCCCGGUCGACCCAGAAAAGUCUACGUCGAACAUCACGGCUCACAAGAUCGAGAUUACCUUGAAGAAGGCCACACCUGGGAAAUGGUCGUCUUUGGAGGGUACCAGCGCGCCUGCUACGACCUCGGCCGGGGAGAAGUCGGAGAUCCCCACGCGUAUCUUGAAGCAGGAGAACGUGCCGUCGUACCCAACAUCCUCGAAGUCAGGCCCUAAGAAUUGGGACAAGUGGGCCAAAGACCUUACCACGAAAAAGGUAAAGAAAGAAGGCGAAGAGGACGUUGGCCUUCAAGACGAUGAUCUGGAUGCCGAUGAAGGCGACGAAACCACCCGCUUCUUCCGCACGCUCUUCAAGGGCGCAGAUCCAGAUGCCCAGCGUGCUAUGAUGAAGAGCUACUCGGAGAGCGGCGGUACCGUGCUGAGCACCGACUGGUCUAGCGUCGGCAAGGAGACGGUGGUGCCACAGCCUCCAGAUGGAAUGGAAGCAAAGAAGAUGUAGAUCUUCAGGAGGUACACAGCUCGAGCUACGGUGGCAUUUUAAGCGUGGCGUUAUGGACGGUAAGUCUUGGUCUGGGGUGCUUAUGAUGCAUUUUGGUGGUGUCUGGAAGGGUGUACUAGCCUCGUUCUCCUAGUUUAAGGGGAUGCGAUGGGCUAGAGGUGGCCUUCUUACGUGGUAGGACUCUCGACUCGAUGGAACACAUCAGCUAGAGCGACGAAUAACAG